ACAUAGUUGCGCCGUGCCGGAUACCUGCACGUCGUCGCACGCACUGUACGAUUUUAGGCCUUCGCGCAAACAUUGUCGAUCGCCGGUGUACGAUCGCCGUCGCCGUUCGAGCGACCGCGAGAAAAUUGAACUACCCUGCACACUGUAGAGUGCGCUUCACUUCUCCGACAGCUUUCGCCUGUACAGUGCGCCGUCACGGACUCGCUGUGGUUCGAGGUUGGCUAUCCCGACAGCUGAUUCCCGACCUGGACAGUGACCUGGUUUGAGGGUGUUUGGUGUAGUGGUGCCGACCGAUCGUGAGCGAUCAGGACACGUCGCUGAUCGCCUCUAUCGACGACUGUGUGAGUGUGUGAGUGUGCGAGUGUGCGUGUGUUCCAGUGCGAGUGUGUGUUGUGGAGCACCCGGCACUGAUUGCUGAGGUCGUAACGUGGGUAAGGGAGUAAUCUCGUGAUAUCGUUCCGCACUAGUCACUACUAGUACCAGCUAGUUGCUGCAACCAGCAUGACGGGCAGACGGGAGCGGAGGUCGCGUUCGAAAAAGAACCAGCCGGAGGAACCGGUGCAGGUGGAGGUAACACCGGCCGAACCGACGAUGCUGGAUCUGCUCAAGAUCCCGGGGCGUGGCGAUUCGCCGCGCGAUUUCCGCAGCUUGCACCGUGAAAAGUCGCCGUUCGAGAUUGGUGAGCGACCGGAUGUGCAGGUCGCGUCCCAGAAGGCCAUCAUCGACAAGGCGCUCGUGAUGGACAUUUCGGGCGGUGUGACGAACGUGGACGAGUACAUCUCGCUGUUCUUCACCGACUCGUGCUCGCUGGAUCCGGCCAGCUGCGGCGACAUCUCGACCGUCAAGGUGGUCGUGGUCGAGGAGGAAAUGGCCGAAACCGAACCGCCGAAACCGGCCGAGGAGCACUCCAAAACGGAGGCGGAGGCGGCCGCCGAGCUGGCGCGCAUCAAGGAGGAGGAAGAGGCAGGUAAGUCCGCGAAGGAACCGACGCCGCCGCCACCGCCCCCGCCAGAGCCAGAGCCAGAGCCAGAGCCGGAACCGGUGGAGGAGGAAGAGGAGGAAGAGGAGGAGGAGGAGGAGGAACCCGAACCCGAACCGCCUCGGGCACCGACGCCCCCUCCACCGAAGGACCCGACGCCCGAGCCGGAACCGAUAAAGCCACCGCCCGAGCCCGAAUAUGACUCAGACGUAGAGCUGAUCCCAGUGAAGGAAGAGUUUGAUCCGUCGGUGUGGAAGAGCAUCGACAGUCUCGAACUUCAGCUGCAGCAGCAGGCCGAGGCGGAAGCGAAGCCCAGUGCCAAGGAGAAAGAGAAAGUCAAGUCCCGUGAAUCGUCGCGCCGCGAAUCGACACAAGAGAUGACGGAACGGGAACGCGACCUGGAAUGGCAGCGGCAGCGCCAGAUGAUGCGACCACCGCUGGUCAUCUCCCACCUGAAGGCACGGGCCGCCCCGAAGGGCUCGACGGUGAAGCUGACCUGCACCAUCUCCGGUCCGGGCAUAACGGUGCGCUGGCUCAAGAAUGGCAACCCGAUCGAGAAGAGCAGCAAGCACACCUUCAAGGUGAGCGAGGGUCUGCUCAGCCUCGAGAUCAAGGACAUCGACAAUGUCGAUGCGGGCGAAUACUGCUGCAUGAUCAAGAACAAGAACGGUGAAACGUCCACCAGCACCACGCUAACGGUGUACGAAAAUUACGAAACCAAACCUACGCCACCGACGUUCAUCUCCAUCAAAGAUGAUGUUUCACUAGAGGACAAGCAGCAGGCACCCGCGGUAGUUGCCGGUGAGCCGGGGCAGCAGGCAGCAGAAGCUGCCCCUGCCGAACAGCCUGCAGCAGCAGCACCUGUCGCGGAAGCUCCUGCCACCGAAACGGUAUCAAGCGAAGCGGCACCGCCACCUUCCGACGCUCCUCAACCUCCACCAUCUCAACCUCAAGAAUCGCCGGCUGGUGAAGCGGCCGCUUCGGAGGAGCAACCAGCGGCUCCCACCGGUGAGGAAGGCGAAGCACCUGCCGCACCGGCCGAAGCGGGCGGUCAUGCAAAGCACAGGCGUUUGGCGCCGGAGAAGUCGCCUUCGCCACCACCGAUCGGUGGAGAUAUGGCACGCUACUACCACAAGAAGAUUCUGCACCAGCGGGACAAGCUGCAGUGGUCGGUGCACCUUACCAACCGGGCCAUCGUGGCCGGCCACCGGCUGAAGCUGAUGUGCUGUGCGACGGGAUUCGAUCCGACGUUGGAAUGGUUCAAGGACGGGCAGCCGGUCGAGUACGAUGACCACAUCGUCGACAUGAAUGACAUGCACCGUGGGGCCUACGGAUGCCUGUGGGUGAACGAUGUCACCGUGAAGGAUGCGGGCGAGUACAAGUGCAAGGCGAAGAACGAAAUGGAGGAGAUCGAAACCGUGUGCAAGCUGACGGUGGUAGAGCCUGUCACCACCGUGCAAACCUUUGCACCGACGUUCGUGCGCAUGGUUCGAGAAAACUACGACCCGUACAGCAACAUCCUGACGGUGGAGUUUGUGAUCCGUGCCAAUCCGACGCCAACGCUGACGUGGUACAAAGGCAUCAUCAAGCUGGGCGUCUACCCGGACAGCCACAUGCGCAUCUCGCAGCACUUUGACGAGACGGCCGAACACACGAUCGCCUCGCUCGUCUUCUACGAUCCGUCGUACACGGACACCGGCGAGUACAUUUGCAUCGCGUCGAACAGCGUCGGCGAGGCCACGUGCAAGCACAUGCUGGACUUUUGCAGCAAGGAGCAGUACUUCGAAUGGCUCGCCAAGAAGCGGCCCGGUUGGUUUAAGGCGGAAUCGUACAUACCGGUCGAACCGCUGCCCGUGCUCGGCGGUGGCGAAGGCGGGGAGGGAGAAGAGGGCGACGAGGAGGGCGAGGAGGAAGAGGAAGCGGAAGGUGAGGAAGGCGAAGGUCCGAGAGAGCCGAAGGUGAAGCGUGCUCCCAAGCUUCCCGACGUGAAGGAGCUGCCCGAGGAGGAAACGAAAGCGGAAGCGGAAGCCCAAGCGCAGGCCGAAAAGUCCGUCCAGAUCGUGGAACCGGAGCCGGACCCGGAGAAGGCGAAAAAAGCCGAACCGGAGACGGAAGUAAUGUACAAGCGACGAAAGUCACGCACGCAGGUCGCGCUCGAAGAGUUCGAACGGCGCAAGAAGUUCGAUUUCGUGUCGCACAUGGCUAAUGUGCGCGUGGAGCCGGGCAAGACGAUGCGGCUGAUCGCGUACGUCAAGUGUCCGGAGGAGGUGACAUCGUACUGGAAGAGAGAUGGCCGUGUGCUGGGUAAUGGGUUGCGGCUCACGCACACCACCAUGCGGUGCGGAACGUGCGUGCUGGAGAUUGAGAAGUGCAAGUAUCGGGACGCGGGCAGCUACACCUGCGUCGCCAAAUGUCCGACGUACGGAGAGAUCGAGCAGACGUGCACGGUGCAGGUUGUUGAGAAGACGGAAAUUAAGGGUGAGGCACCGGUCUUUACCCGCCCAAUGCAAGAAAAGUACGACCCGAUACAGGACGAGCUAACGCUCGAGUGCUGCGUACGGGGCGAUCCCGACCCGGAGACGGUGUGGAUCGUGCAGGGCGUCUUUAUGCGGCACAACACCGGCGGCCGGCUGUACUUCCGCAAGUACCAGGACGGCCGGCAGCAGUUGAAGAUUUUCCAACCGUCGAAGGAGGACAGCGGGCGGUACGUGUGCCGGGCGAAGAACAGCGUCGACAAGACGGACUGUGUGUACUAUCUGAACUACAAGAACAGCGACGAGGAUGUGCUGAAGGUGUUCGAGGAAGAGUUGCACAAAAAGUCGGAAAAGCCGAUCCUCAGCCGGCAUCUGCGCCCGAAGGACUGCGACUACAAUCCGGAGGACGAGGCACUGAUCAAGUGGUCCGAGUCGCGCAGCCAGCACGAGAAGGACUACGACUACCGGUACAAGCUGCACUUUAUCACGCAGUUGCAGGACAAAACCGUGCCGGAGGGUUCGAACCUCAAGUUUACGUGCUACGUCGACGGAAAGUUUCCGCUGUUCAUGUGGUACAAGGAUGAGAUACCGCUCGUGCAGGGCCGCAAGUACCGGCAGAAGACGCGCCGCGACGGCAAGGUGACGCUGGAGAUAGUGAACGUCACGACGGAGGACGCCGGCACGUACAAGCUCGAGGCGCGCAACUACGCCGGCAGCAUUGAGUCGAAGUCGGUGGUUAGUGUUUAUGAAAAUCCGUACACCAAAUUCGUUCCCCCAAUCUUUGCAAGCAACAUCCUAGAAACCUACUCGCUGCACUCGAACGAGAUCGUGCUGGAGUGCCGUGUGCGUGGUACGCCGCGGCCGAACAUUGCCUGGAUCAAGGAUGGCGAGUACAUCAUCCCGGGCGACAAGUACGAGCAGUACGAUCAUGCCGACGGUACCUGCAAGCUGAUCGUGACGAACCCGGGCGAGGAGGACUCGGGCACGUACACGUGCGAGGCGGAGAGUGGCGGCUGCAGCGAUGCCAUCAGCCACAACGUGCAGUUCGUGAGCAAGGAGAAGGUGCUGAUGGAGCGCACGCACAGCGUGUACCACCGGAACCCGAACCUACCGCACUUCUACCAGGGGCUGGCCGACUACUCGAUCCCGUCCGGCGGCAACAUCUGUCUGGUGGUGGAGGUCCAGGGCAACUGUGAGGUGCAGUGGUUCCGUGACCGCUACCCGGUCACCGGCAAACCGCCGAAGGUGCGCACGUACAGCGACGGUACCGGCAUCUUUGCGCUGUGCAUUACGGCUGCCACGAUGGAUGCGUCCGGCCGGUACGUGUGCCGCGCGACGAACGCGUUCGGCAAGGCGGAAUCCUCCUCGAACGUGGACAUCAUCAACCCGAACGCGAUCAAGGGCGCGAAGCCACCGAUCUUCAUGUCCCGGCCACAGCCCGAGAUCAAGAUUAGACAGGGCGAUUCGCUGUCUAUGGCUUUCAAAAUCAUCGGUGACCCGAAGCCAAAGAUUCAAUGGAUGAAGGGCACGAAAGAUUUGACCAACUCGCCGCGUACGAUCAAGGAAGUGCACAACGACUACAUUCGAUUCUCGAUCAAGGAGGCGGUCGUAGCGGACGAGGGUGCCUACUUCAUUGUGGCCAGAAAUCGGCACGGCAUCGAUCGCUCGUUCACUAAAGUAUCGGUCAAGCCACCGAGGGGCUACAAGAAGCACCUGGAAGACAAUCUAGAUCGGGAUGCACCCGAUAAGGGAAGAAAAUAAAUACAACAACCAUGCAAAGCACAGUGCUGAAACUUUACACUUGUAGUUUCAUUUGGAAUGUUACAUCGUGUUCUGAGGACGCCUGCGCUUUCAACGGAGCGAACUACUAGUGUGUUUUUGUGUGUGUAUUAGUGCAGCUAAGUUAUCAUUGUAUCAUCGUUCAUCGGAACUGCAAUGCAUCAGCAGUUCAACACCCACUAUAUGGGGGGUAAUUUUUUUAGUUUUCAUGUGUACUGUGCUGGAUGGACUGGAAGCACAGUAUAGCAGCAACUGAAAACGAUCAAGAAGGUGAUCGUCAUCGUCGGCGCGUGGAUGAUUCGAGGGAGAGCAUUGCAAAAAUUUAAAUACCUUGAAUAAGUUUUAGU